AUUUUAGCAUGGAUAUUCCUAACGUAAGAAAAUUUCAAAUUAAUACAUAUUUUGGUAAAUGAUCAGAUAAGAUGAAAUAAAAUUACUUAAUAAUAUAUUUACACUGGUAUUAAUAAAACUUAAGUUUUAUAGUCUUCAUUGUAAACCAUACUGGUCUUAUCAUUGAUUUUGUAUUUAGAUAAAAUUUUAGUAUUGUCUGUCACAUAUUUUUUACCUGUAGUUAUUACUAUAAGCAGUUUUGAAAAACUAACUUAUUUUUUAAUUAAUAUUUAUCGGCUUCCAACCACUUUUCUACUUCUCCAAAAACUAACGAAUAAUGAAGUAAGAACACUAUGACCAGCUUACGCUUAAUAAGUCCUUUAAAAUUCCUGCUAGCGUUCUCUUCUGCAUCCUUCAUUGUACUUCUUUUUUUUGUUACUUCAAACUACAACACCACUCCACCCGUCCAGGUAGAUAGAUCAUUCAACAAUGAAAUGCGGGGAAACAGGUCAUACACUCCAGGAGAUUUUGUAAAAUAUAUCCAUCCCGAACCGGCAAAUCAAAGUUAUUGUACUUUCAACUACAAGUUUCCAGAAGAUUUGACUUACGGUACGAAUGAUGUUGAUUUUGGUCCUGAAUUGGGAAAGCAGAGUGAAUACAGGAUCGUUUAUAAUGUAUUGUUAGCUAAACAGGCAGAAGGAGUGCCUGAAGUGACAUAUGCGACGCAUGUCUCAGCUGAUUUUAUGUAUUAUUUACCUGAAUUAGUAAGAUUUUGGGAUGGAUUUAUCAGUGUAACAGCGUUUGUACCCGACUUAGAUGUUGCACUGGUACUGGAACAGCUCAAUCAGUAUUGCCAUUGUCUUCCAGGGAUGUCUCGUGUAUCUAUACACUUUGCAUAUCACAAAAAAUUGACACCUUCUCGAAAAGACGUAUAUUUUACCAGACCUGCAUCGUGCGAAGUUGCUGACUCUUCAAAAUUGGCUACAUACAGGCAUGCUGAUGAUAGCAUUGUUUAUCCGAUCAACGUCUGCCGAAAUGCUGCAAGAACAGCAUCCCUAACAGAACGUGUAAUGGUGUCAGAUAUUCAGCUAAUGCCAAGCGAAGGUCUGGCUAGAAAGUUCUUAGACAUGAUUGAUAGUUACAAACUGACUGACUGCCAGAAGAGAGCGUAUGUUCUUCCAAUAUUUGAGGUUGAAUCAUCAGAAGAGGUUCCUAGAACUAAGCAACAAUUGGUGGAUCUAGUAAAAGAAAAAAAGGCUGUGUAUUUCCAUAAGCUAGUGUGUACACAUUGCCAAAAGUUCCCAGGUAUCGAGUCUUGGAUGAGAACCCACCGAUCAGAAGAUAUUGUUAAACCUUUCAUCACAGCUAGAAGAGAAGUGCCUUACCACAGGUGGGAACCAAUAUAUAUCGGAUCAAAAGAAGAACCCUUCUAUAACGAAAAGUUAUCUUGGGAGGGAUUACAGGAUAAAAUGUUACAGAUGUUAGAAAUGUGCCUUUUGGAUUAUCAAUUCGUCAUUUUGGAUGGAGCCUUUCUUGUACACUGGCCAGGUAUGAAGAAGAAAAAGGACAAAGAGGAUGAAGAAUGGCGUGCACCUUUUGUUAAAGAAAAUGCCAGGGAAUAUCAGAAGAUACUAAAAAAUUUGAUGAAAAAGUAUAAGCCUAAGCCUCAGUGUAAAGCUCAAUAAAUAGAAUUAUGUUGUUUUUUUGUUAUGUGAGAUUUAGAUAUUUAUUUAAAGUUUAAUAUAUUAUUUUUUCUAUAGAUUUUUUUUUUUUUUGGUAGUUUAUUUAUAAAAGUUUGAUAGGCCUAUGUAAUAAAAC